AUGCUGUAUGCCCCCGUUGGACCCACAGGUAUCAACAAUCACAUGGGCUGGGCAUUUGGUUUGGGAUUGGAGCGACUAGCCAUGGUGCUGUACGAUAUCCCGGACAUCCGUCUGUUCUGGAGUGAGGACGAGAGGUUUCUGAAACAAUUUAAGGCGAGCGACAAGAAGGUCACGCCGUUUACCCCCUUCAGCCGACACCCACCGAACAACAUGGAUGUUGCUUUCUGGCUGCCAGAGGACGGACAGUUUGUAGAUAACGACUUUUUCGAGAUGGUGCGCACAGAGGCGGGAGAUCUCGUCGAGAAGAUCACUAUGGUCGAUGAAUUUGUGCACCCAAAGACAAACCGUACAAGCAAAUGCUUCAGGAUAACCUACAGAUCCAUGGAAAGACCUGUGGCCAAUGCGGAAGUCAAUCUGAUCCAGGAGAGAGUGCGGGCUUUAGUAGCCGAGGAUUUUAAGGUCACGCUGCGAUAGCUAAUUAAUAAGUGAUUGUAAUAACAGUCUGACUGGGAUACGGCGUAUUUGGGUUUGAGACUGAAAGUAGAUAGUAUCCAGAAUUGCAGUUGGCCACGGGCCAUUAAAAUGGUGAAUUUUGAUUUUGAUUGACACAGAUUGACAGUGUUCGAUCCUAG